AUGACGGCGAAUAGUGUUCACGUAUUCAGGCAAAACGAUAUAAAAAAACACAUUGGUAAAAUUAUUAAUAGAAAUGAUUUGUCAAAUGAUAAAGAAAAAUAUUUACAACAAUGUCAAUGCGAACACAAAAUGGGAAAAAAAUUAAAAACGCAAAAAAAAAAAAAUCAGGACGGUGGUAUGUUGUUAUCGGAUUACAAAAUCGAAGAUAUUUUUUUAAAUUCGCAAUAUUUUAAACAUCAAUCGAAAAAUCAACAAUCGUCGAUAAGUUUUUGCAGCGGAGAUCACGGUGAAAAUAAAUGGACGAUCGAUUCGAAAUUUGAUAUGCCAACGAAACAAAAAACCAUGAUGGUUGUGGGAAAAAGUUAA